AUGAGUUCUCGCGCGAAUUCGCAAAAGCGGACCAUCGAAUUAGAAAUGACAGACACAACACUUUCGAAAGCUGCGGAUGAUUCCGGAAAACAAACUAAUUGGAAAAUGAUUAUUGUUGCUGGAAUUAUUUCAGCACUAAAUGCUGUCGAAAAUUCAGCAAUUGGAUUAGGAGAAUGGCCUUAUUUGAAAGAGUUGGAUCCCACUGUCGAUGCUCAAUUCUUCGGAUUUGCCACGUCGGCUUCAAAAUGUGCUCACGCAAUUUUCACAUUAGUGUUCGCCACAUGGAGUUUCCGAAUAAGAUCCAUCAAAAUUCCAUUGCUUGUUGGCCGAUUUCUGGCCAUCAUUGCUUGUUUUCUGUACAUGUGCAUUGAAUAUGUGCCGCAUGAAAGACGAUACGUCUCGUUGAUUGUGUACGUGAUGCUUGGAAUUGCCAAUAGUUCGACUACGGUCCUUCGCGCCUAUGUAACCUAUCUGUCAACUAAGGAAGACCGAGCUAGAGCAUUUGCUUGCAUUGGCCUCUCAACGAUUUGCUCAAUUGCAGUUGGACCAAUUCUCCAAUUAUGCUUCAGCGGUAUUACGUAUCCAGGUUUUCAAAUCGUUCACGGUGUAUACUUUCACAUAUAUUCUGCUCCCAUUUGGUGCUCUUUUAUGCUUACAAUCUUCACACUUUUUAUCAUCCAGCGAUUAAUGCAAGACGUUGCCAGAAAUGAAGAAAACGAAAAUGAAUGUUUGCUAUCAAUCGAAGAAGUGAAAAAGAGCAUUCGAAAACUUCGCGAGAUUAAUAUUGAUUGGAAAUUGAUUUUUGUUUGCUUGGUUGUCAAAAUAGCCAACAGCUUCUCACAUGCCACGAUGCAAUCAAUUAUGUCAAUUUUUUUCAUGGUCCAAUACGGAUGGACUGGUGAGGAAACAGUCAAAGCGUCAUCCGUUAUUAUGGUCGCUUUUGGCGCAGUUUCCUGUACCGUUUUUCUACUCUACAUUUUCUGUAAUAUUGGAAAUUGUUUGCCUCAACGUUAUACAUUUCUUGUUGGCAUUGUCUUAUCAGGACUAGUAUUCGUUCUUACAUACCCAUUCGAAUUUGUCAGUUCGCCGGUAGUUUUAUAUAACGAAACUCUCAGAUCGGGCUGUAAUCCCGCCGAAUAUUCAUGGUGUGAAACGGCUUAUGCAGUCAAUCCAUAUUGGUUUUUGGCGGUAUCGGUUGUGGUUAUGUCGCCAACUUUGCCACUACUCCAUGUUUCUCUCGAUACACUUUAUUCAAAAAUUUUGGGUAAUAUUGAUCAGAAUGUAGCACAGGGUGCAAUCAGUGUAGUCGAUGAUAUUGUCUUCAUGGUCACACCCAUAUUCACGACAACCGUUUUUGUAUAUUUUGGAGUUGGAACAUUAUGGCUCGCCAAGACAGCCGUUUAUACUUUCAUGGCAAUCUUGUGGACAGUCAAUCUUCACAAGAUAAAACAUUACGAAUGA